GCGACGGGCGAUGGCCGAUGGUUGUUGCGACGAUCGAAUUCUCACGUUUCUCGGGAGAAGUGAGAUAGAGAUAACUAUAGAAAGAGAAAAAGAGAGAGGAACUGUACAGAAGAAGUAGACCUGACUGUACGCCGGUGGUGUGUGAUCGGCGCGUUGUCAAUUUUGAUGACACGCGCGAAUGAGUGUGUAAAAUAAUUCUUAAAUUUGGUAUCGUCAUUAUCAUCGUCAUCGUCAUCGUCAUCAUCGUCGCCGUCGUAAUCGUCUUCGUCGUCACCAAAUGAGUGCAUCUUCCGUAAAAGUCGCCGUACCGUUCGAUUUCAGUACCAAAAAAACUUGAGGAAGGAACAGAAUACACGCGUAUGUGUCGUCAACGCAACGAAACGACGCUCGCGUGUCUCUAAGAUAAAUCACUGUGUGUAUUCUAAUGUGUAUGUGAAUCUUCUAAUGACUCCUAUUUGUAUAUCCUGGUCGACGUUGAUCCUUGAAGGAAGUAUCUACCUUUAGAUAUUCAUCACCCUAAGAGAAAGAAAAAAACGGAGAUGCGCUGAAAUAAAAUCAUGUAAAAUUAUUUGGAAAGCUUUAUUUAGAUGAUACCGAUUGAUCGAUCGAUUAUUUAAAUAAAAAUAGUAAUUAUUGGAUAGAAAAGAAAAAGAAAAAAAAAGAAAAAAGUCGAAAGAACGCGCGUACGUUUUUUCGAAAGGGAUAAAUAAGGAAAAAUUAGGUGAUGCACUCAGGAUUAAGAGGGUCAGGACUCGAGGGAAAAUGUUUCGCUCAAAGAUUCGCAUUCACACAUGUCAAGUGAUUCUUUUAACGUCAUUAGUAUGGUUCCUGGUAGACGUUAUGGUACUUAUGUUCUAUUCGGAUUGCAUCGGAGGAUCCGGAUGGGGUUGUUCCGAGACGAACAAGCAAACAAUUUCGACGGAAGAAAGUCAACCGCACCCUCAAGCGAUUAAAAGAGAAGCUGUCGAUUUACAAUUGUAUGAUAAAAAAAAGUACAAGCAAUCGGAAUUACAUUUAUGGAGGCCUGCUAAGGUCGUUAGAGAAAAUAAGGGUAGUCCAGGUGAAAUGGGAGCAGCUGUACAUAUUGCGCCUGAAUUAGAAACUAAACAACAAGAGUUAUUUAAAUUGAAUCAAUUUAAUCUAAUGGCUAGUGACAUGAUUUCAUUACAUCGUUCAUUAAAAGACAUUAGACUCGAGGGUUGUAAAACGAAAAAGUACAAUAAGUUUCUUCCUGACACUAGUAUCGUUAUUGUUUUUCAUAACGAGGCUUGGAGCACAUUAUUGCGUACUGUUUGGUCCGUUAUCAAUCGAUCACCUAGAUCGUUAUUGAAAGAAAUUAUACUCGUUGAUGAUGCUAGUGAACGAGAUCAUUUAAAGAAGGAUUUAGAAAAUUAUGUACAAACUUUACCCGUACCGACGUAUGUUUAUCGCACGAAGACAAGAUCAGGUCUUAUUAGAGCUAGACUUUUAGGAGCGAAACACGUAAAAGGACAAGUUAUAACAUUUCUGGAUGCACAUUGCGAAUGUACAGAAGGAUGGCUAGAACCUUUACUUUCAAGGAUAGCCGACGAUAGGACAAUCGUUGUAUGCCCAAUUAUCGAUGUUAUUAGCGAUGAUACAUUUGAAUAUAUACCUGCAAGUGACAUGACUUGGGGUGGUUUCAAUUGGAAAUUGAAUUUUCGAUGGUACAGAGUCGCACAAAGAGAAAUGGACAGAAGAAACGGGGAUAGGACAGCUCCAUUACGUACACCAACAAUGGCAGGGGGUUUGUUUUCUAUAGAUAAAGACUAUUUCUAUGAGCUUGGUGCCUAUGACGAAGGAAUGGACAUAUGGGGUGGUGAAAAUCUUGAAAUGAGUUUCCGAGUAUGGCAAUGCGGCGGAAUAUUAGAAAUCAGUCCAUGUUCACACGUGGGACAUGUAUUCCGCGACAAGAGCCCGUAUACGUUUCCUGGUGGUGUCAGCAAGAUAGUUCUACACAACGCGGCCAGGGUUGCCGAAGUCUGGAUGGAUGAGUGGAGAGAUUUUUACUAUGCCAUGAACCCAGGUGCGAGAAACGUAGUUGUUGGAAACGUAUCGGAAAGGAUAAAGUUAAGAGAACGUCUUAAAUGUAAGAGCUUCAGGUGGUAUUUAGAAAAUAUUUAUCCGGAAUCACCGAUGCCACUAGAUUAUUAUUAUCUCGGUGAUGUAAAAAAUGUUGAUACACAUACCUGUUUGGAUACCAUGGGUAGAAGAACAGGAGAAGUUGUUGGUAUUAGCUAUUGUCAUGGACUAGGUGGUAAUCAAGUGUUUGCUUAUACGAAACGACAACAAAUAAUGUCAGAUGAUAUGUGCCUUGAUGCAGCCAGUCCCCAAGGUCCAGUUAAAAUUGUUCGUUGCCAUGGGAUGGGUGGUAAUCAAGCAUGGGUUUACAAUGAAGAGACGAAGAUGAUCAGACAUACAAAUACAGGCCAUUGUCUGUCAAAACCACGUUCAGGAGAUGCCUCACAGCCUGUUCUUGCACCUUGCGAUCCACACAAUGCUGGACAGAAAUGGAUUAUGCAAAGCAAAUUCAAAUGGCAAGCUAGCUAAUAUACAUUGAGCUUAAGUGCAGACCUCUAUACAAUAUUUGUUAAUAUAUUUAAUAGAUUAUAAUCAAGGAACUGACCAUAAGAUAAUAUCGCGGCAGAACGACAAGUAUUAUGACUGAAUAGAGAACAUCGUCGCUGUAUUAUAUUUAGUCGAUUCAUCAGAUUGACGUAAAUUCUCAAUGAAAUGAACAUUGGGAAAAGAAAGUAACUUGAUGUGAAUCAUAAUAAGAAACAAAUGGCUCGCGAGUUAAAUAAUUCAUUUAUUUAAUAAGAUAAAUAUUAAUUAGACUUUACUAAGACCAUGGUGUUUAGUUACUGCCAUUUCUUAUGGUAUGCCUUGAUUAAUGUAUGAGAAUAAGAGAAAUAAAUUUCUGAUUGUGUGAGAACGUGCAAAAGUGAUACUAAAAAAGAAAAGGAAAAAGAACAAGAGAAUGAACUCUUCUUUUAGUAAGCGGUAACAGAGAAAGCAUAUCAGACUACUGUUAUAAAUAAAUACUUGUUGAUAAAAGAAAGAGAGACAUAUUUGAUAAUUUGGGGUGUGUGCAAUGGCAGACGUUUGAAAGAUGGUAAUCUUAUAUGUGUGAAGAUAAGAAACAAAAAAAUCUAAGGAUAUGGUAAAUUUGUGUCACAACUAUGAUCGUGUGAGUGUUGUUAGUAUGAAAGUGAAAUUAAUGGUGACACUACUGGUUAUACUAAUUAUAGAGAACUUGUAUUGUACAAUCCAUUAUUAUUAAUUAGGGAAGAGCACUGGAUCUUUUUAUAACGAUACUUCUGACAGUUCCUUGCAUUUCAUUCGUAAUUAAGUUGUUACGAUGCUUUUGUUUUCAAUAAAAGCAAAGAUUCUAUUAAUCUUUUUCACACUAAAGCACGAUGAGAUUACAUUUACGAGGUUUUAGUUAAAUAUUUAAAAGAUUAUCGGCUGUUGUUUGUUAUAAUCUUGUUAUUAUAUAUCUUACAUAUUCAUUUAAAUUUAUUGACACAUGUCUUCCACAUUUUAUUAAUAAAGACUCCAUAUUUUUAUUGUAAUAAAAUAAACAACUAUUCUUCGUAGAUAUAUUACAUUCUGCUUUAGCAUAGUUUAUCGUUGCUAAUGUCACAGUUAAACAUACAAAAAAUAUUACACCAUCGGCUAGGAGUAAAAAUAGAUGUCUUUCAGAUUCUGGCGCCCUUCCCUUUGAUUAUAAAUUUCCAUGCUAAAAAAUUGCAAUAUUCAGUUGUAGUUGAAACGAUGAAUUUAUUUUUAUGUUCGUGUAAGAUAAUAUCUGUACUUCCUAUAUCUACAAUUAGUAACACGUGAGUAAUACAGUUUUUCUUAUAUUCUCAACACCUCCAUUUACGAUGUUUAGAAUAUGUUGUGUACCAUAGUGAAACUUUAAUACUUGGCAACAUUAGUAUUAUUAAUACAUAUAUAUUUAAUCUGA